ACCCAGAGGGUGUCUUCAGGACGCAAACACAUGAAGCAGACGGGAGGGUUGACAGUGGAGGGUGUACGUCAGACACGUCGUGUCAGGUCUCGGGUCCUAACUGGUCAUAACUGCCCAGCGUUGUGGUGGGGUCCUCCUCUACGCUUGUGGUCCGCGUUCAGCUGUGGAGCUUGGUUGUUAGUUUCAGUCUGAGUCAAGUGUGGGAGCUUUAGGCUGACCUUUUUGUGUGUUUUUAACUGGAGAACGGUUUGCUUUCGGAUCCAGAAGAUGUACGCUCCGACAUGUCUAUUGUACGCCUUGGUUAUCAGCAUGUGGGUGGACAAAGCACCAGGCCAGGCGUGCGACACCUUCACCGACCUCGACCUCCACCACGCCAUCGUGGGCACGGAGGUGAAUGUCCGCCUGCUGCUCUACUCCCGGGCCGACCCCGAGUGCGGCCGCCUCCUCCUGCACUCGGCGGCCCCCCCCGCCAUGAACCUGUCGCUGCCCACCACCUUCAUCAUCCACGGCUUCCGGCCCACUGGGUCGCCCCCCGUGUGGCUGCUGCCGAUGGCGGAGCUGGUCCUGGAGCGCGAGGACCGCAACGUGGUGGUGGUGGACUGGAACUACGGCGCCGCCAACAUCGACUACUUCCGAUCCGUGAGGAACUCGAAAGACACCGCCACCAACCUCACCGCCUUCAUCCGGACCAUGCAGGAACAUGGUGCCUCGCUCGACUCCAUCCACAUGAUAGGGAUCAGCCUGGGAGCGCACAUAUCUGGCUUCGUAGGAGCUGAUCUUAACGGGAGCAUCGGAAGAAUCACAGGGUUGGAUGCCGCCGGGCCCAUGUUCGCUGGGAAGCUCCCAGAAUACCGCCUGGACAGAACCGACGCCCAGUUUGUGGACGUCAUCCACACGGAUAUCGACGCUCUUGGACUACGAGAGCCGCUGGGUCACAUCGAUUUCUAUCCCAACGGGGGCGCAGACCAACUCGGCUGUCCAAAAACAAUCCUGAAGGGGGUGGCCUAUUUCAAGUGUGACCACCAGAGAUCAACGUUUCUCUUCAUGGAGUCUCUGAACAAGACGUGUGAAAUCAGGGCCUUCCCAUGCACCACUUACGAUGACUUCCUGGAUGCCCGCUGCACAGACUGCACUCAGUUCGGCGCACAAGGAUGCCCCAUAUUUGGGUAUGACGUAGUAAAGUGGAAGGACACCUUGCUGAGAUUGGGACAAACCAAAUCUUUCUUCAACACAAACGGCGCGAAACCGUACUGCAGAACCAACUACCGGUUUGACGUCUUAACGUGGAAUCAGGAGGUGCAGUGGGGCUACAUCACCAUCAAACUCUAUGGCAAAAACCAGUCAGCUAAAGCCACCAUUGACCAUAAGCGGUUGAAGUUUGAGAAGUACACAGAGACUCAGUUGUUGGCGCAGUUUGACGGAGUCGUGGAGACGGUGGAGAAGAUGUCCGUCACGUACUCUUCUGCCAUCGUUCUCGGCCCGAAGCAUAAACUACGGGUUCUCCAACUUCGCCUCCAGCGCAUCGAAGGCUCCACCAGUUUAUCAAGGUCUCUUUGUCGCUACGACCUCCUGCUGAAGGAGAAGGAGGAGGUCACCUUCAGACCUAUCCCCUGUGUGGAUUCAAACUUCUGAGGCCUGGGUGGAUUCCGGAAGUUCAUUGUGAACUACCGAGGGACCUCCGCACAACGGGUCGGAGCUAAGCUAACCACAUAAAUAGGGUGCAAUACAGCCAACUGACUACCUGCUUUGGCAUUUAAAGGACAACACACACACACACACACACACACACACACACACACACACACACACACACACACACACACACACACACACACACACACACACACACACACACACACACUAAUGACCUCAGUAAAGAUACUUUAGAUCAACCCUCUUUUAUUCAAUUCCCAUAUCUUGUCUCUCAAUGAUAUUUAAUACUUAAUAAUUAAGUAUUUCUCUCUCCCUGAUAUUUAUUUGUGUUCUUUUGUGCCAUUUGAGAGAGACAGCCAUUUUUUUUUACACCAUGAAAGAUCCAUUGUAAUUUAUAAUUAUUUUUUUAUGCCUUUUCCUGUUUGGAUAAAAGAUGAGAUGGAAAGUUGAGAGUUUUUAAACUGCAUUAAAAUAUUGUAUGUGAA